AUGGGGUUUGAUUCAGCAUUGUCUGAAUUGCUGUUGGAAGAGUUCAAUCUUGUUUCCACUAUGGAGAUGCAACCGCCACUUCAGCAUUCGCGAAUCAAUCUUGCUGAACUGAAAGGUCAGAUAGUUAGGAAACUUGGACCUGAGAGGUCUAAACAGUACUUUCAAUACUUAAAUAGGUUAUUGAGUUUGAAAAUAAGCAAGAUUGAGUUCAAUAAGCUUUGUGUUAGGAUAUUGGGUAGAGAGAACGUUCCACUACAUAAUCAGUUCAUUCGUUCCAUUUUGAGAAAUGCUUCCAGCGCAAAAGUUCCACCGCCGACAAAUGAGAUUGAUGUUUUCAAGCCUGGGGCAGCAGUUGGCAGUAAUGCAUCUCCAAAUGAUGCUUAUGAGAAAAACGGAUCACAUGUUUCCUCGAGCCAGGCUUCAAGUCAGCCAGGUUUGUCUAAUGGGGAUAUUCUCCCAUUAUCUCCUCGAAAGGCCAGAACAGGCUUUCGUGAUCGUAGGACUGGGGAUCACCGUAGUGCGCUUGGUCAAAAUGGGAAGACCAAUUUCACUUUUCAACAACCGACAGCGACAGAAUCAAGUUUUGGUGUUAUGGAAAAUGGGGAUAUCAAUUCCCCUGAUGCACGGAGGGCUGUACAGCAUUUUCAAGGACUCUUGCAGCAGACUGGUGAUGAAAGGGAGGCAUCUGGUGAAGAACAUGCUAGAUUUUCUGUAAUAAAUGGAUCACAGGAAGGUCCAGUUUCAGCGAAUAACAAAGGUCAGGUUAGAGAUGACGGGAAAGAGAUGCAUGCAAGGAGUCAGCUCCAAGCUCCCCUUGGGGUGCCAUUUUGCCCUGUUAGUGUUGGCGGAGCACGUAAAGCGUUGCCUUUGGCAACAGAUAGUAAAUGUGUUACCUCUUCUAGUUAUGGUGCUUUGUUGGAUAGCGUAUCAUUGAGGGAACGCAUGGAGCAGAUUGCUGCAGAACAAGGCCUUGAAGGAGUAACCAUCGGUUGUGCCAACUUGUUGAACAGCGGAUUAGAUUCUUACUUAAGAGGUUUAAUUCAAUCUUGCGUUCAACUUGUGGGGGUAAGGUCAGGGCACGAGCCAAUAAAAAACAAUACCAAAAAGCAGCAGACCCAUAUGAAGCUCGUCAAUGGCCUCAGACCCGGUCUGCAUUCUCCGAUAAGCAGUGGUAGAUCUUCAGAAGCCAUGCAAGAACAUGCUCCCAGUAAUUUUAUAUCGUUGCAAGAUUUUAGGGUUGCCAUGGAACUGAAUGCCCGGCAACUUGGUGAAGACUGGCCAUUGCUGCUGGAAAAAAUAUGUACACGUGCAUUUGAAGAAUAA